AUGUCUAGUGAGGACUGGGAUCUCUUUGCCAUUGUUCGUAGCGGCAAAGAUGUCACAUUUGUUGCUUCAAACACCAAUAGAGAAAUUUCACCCAACACAGUCACAAAUUCCAUAUCCCCUCAGGAAACCACAACCUUUUUUCCAAUUAGACAAGAAAAUGACUCAUCCUCUUUUUAUGAUAUUGUGCAACCUAGAACCAAUGGGAUCCAAGAGCUACGCCAAGCGCUAAUGAAUUUCAUUAACCCCACCACCACUACUACGACCACCACAAUCUUUAACACUAACGGUAAUGUCAUUCUCAAUCCUAACUCUACCUUAUCUAACCUUACAGGAAUCUAUGGACAACAACAGAUACAGCAAGGCCUCCAUCAUCCUGUGGCUCUACCCACUCAUGUUCCCCAAACAAGUCCUAUUGCUCAGCCAAACAUCCAACACCAAAUGAAAACAGUUCGGCAUGUGACCGCUGACAAAAUAACAGCUGAUAUGUGGGAAUGGAGAAAAUAUGGACAAAAACCCAUCAAAGGUUCUCCGUAUCCAAGGAGUUAUUACAAAUGCAACAACAUGAAAAAAUGUGACGCGAAAAAGCAAGUAGAACGAAGCAGAACGGACCCGAGCAUGUUUAUUGUGACAUACAUCGGAGAUCACGAUCAUGAGAAACCGCUUCUUCGGAACAUGCUUUGCAAAACCUCAAGGGUCAAGCCAUUAACGACCCAUUUACCUAACACCUCGCAAACCAAGGCACCCACCAACACUGGGAGCGUUAGGUUAUCGAGUAUUCCUCCCAUGCUGGUGUCAGAUCUGCUAGAGAAUGGUGACAAAACAGUUAACCAUAGCGAACUUGAAGGCCCUGACAUGGAAAUAGAACCUAAAUCAGUCUCCGAUGAUGAUGAUGACAUUCUAAUACCCAUAUCAGAUCUGCUGGAGAAUGGUGACAAAAUGGUUAACCAUGGAGAAGCCGAAGGCCCUAACUCGGAAAUAGAAGCUAAAUCAGUCUCCGACGAUGGUGAUGACACUCUAGUACCCAUAUCAUAUCUGCUGGAGGACGAUGACAAAAUGGUUAACCAUGGAGAACCCGAAGGCCCUGACCUGGAAAUAGGACCUAAAUCACUCUCCGAUGAGGAUGAUGACAUACUAAUACCUAACUUUGCUGCCAUGUCAAACAUCUUCGAAAUGGGAUAUCAAUCUUUUGAUGGUGGAGUCACUCACAUGGGCGAGUCAGAUCCUAAUUGCACGCGGUGGUUGAUCUAA